CGGGUUGGCGGGCUGGCGGCGGCGGGCGUGUGCUGGGUGGACGGCGCAACAGGAGCAAGGGAGCCAGGGGAUGCCAGGCGGACCGGACCCAGCGACACUUGUUCCCCUAUCAAGCCAAAGCCGCACGUCUGGGUGGGCCGCGAGCAGCAACAGGGCCACGGGCUAGUCGAUGUCAAAAAAAGGGUUCAAAUAUCGCCUAUGUGCGUACAGCGGGAGGGGGGUCGAGGGGGGGCAGUCAGGGACGAAGGGGAGCAGUUCCGGGCGAGGGCGACGGCUGGUGCGUGUGUGCUUUGGGUUGCAAAA